AUGCUGGCUGCAGAAGGGCAGCAGCUCUUUGAUCCCAUCUCUUUUGGGAAGGACCUCAUGAUUGGCGGGGUGGCGGCCGCGAUCUCCAAAACCACAGUCGCACCCAUCGAGCGGGUGAAGCUUCUCCUGCAGGUCCAGGGCUCGUCCAAACAGAUCCGUGCUGACCAGCAAUACAAAGGCAUGAUUGACUGCUUUGUGCGCAUCCCCCGCGAGCAAGGAUUUGCCAGUUUCUGGCGUGGCAAUCUUGCCAAUGUUAUCCGAUAUUUCCCAACUCAGGCCCUAAACUUCGCUUUUAAGGACAAAUACAAGCAGAUUUUCAUGUCUGGAGUGGAUAAAGAAAAACAAUUUGGACGGUGGUUCAUUUCAAAUCUGGCUUCUGGUGGAGCAGCUGGGGCAACAUCAUUGUGUGUAGUGUAUCCAUUAGAUUUUGCACGAACUCGAUUAGGUGCUGACAUAGGAAAAGGUCCAGCAGAGCGACAAUUUACAGGCCUUUUGGAUUGUAUUGGUAAAAUUGCAAAGAAGGAUGGAAUUAUUGGCCUGUACCAAGGAUUUAGUGUUUCAGUACAAGGAAUCAUUGUGUAUCGAGCAUCCUAUUUUGGAUGUUACGACACCAUAAAAGGAAUGCUGCCAAAUCCAAAAGAAACACCAUUCAUUGUCGCUUUUGCAAUUGCUCAAGUUGUUACUAUAUUUUCUGGGAUCCUAUCAUAUCCCUUUGACACUGUGAGAAGACGCAUGAUGAUGCAGAGUGGUGAGACUGAACGUCAGUACAAAGGAACUAUCGACUGCUUUGUCAAGAUCUAUGGCCAGGAAGGAAUAAAUGCUUUCUUUCGAGGAGCCUUCUCAAAUGUUCUUCGUGGGACAGGAGGUGCCCUCGUAUUAGUCCUGUAUGACAAAAUAAAAGAGUUUCUUAAUAUUGAUCCCUCAUUAGGCGGAGGGUCUGAUUAGAUCCACCAAUGUACCUGUAUCUCACCCAGAGAGAGAAUUCUUGCUCUUCUGAAUACAUUCAUUAUUAGACCAUAGAUGAUGGGAAUAGUUAGGUUUUUUGCAUGGCUCUGUUAAUUCUGUAUGUAGU